AUGUGGACGGAGGGUAAAGCCGAGGGGGGGGGCAGCAGGACUGGGGUGGUCCACAAACUGCUGCUGUGCACUGGGGACAUGCUGCACCUGGACACACUGGUCCAAGACCAGUGGUGGCUCGUCCAGCUGCUCCUCUGGUCUCUGAGGGGGGUGUCCAGGGUCAUUCUGGUCAACAACCCUCUAAGUGGAGCUCUGAUCCUGGCCGCGCUCGUCUGGGCCUCUCCCUGGCAGGCUCUGCUGGGGGCAGUCGGGGUCCUGGUCUCCACACUCACAGCUGUCAUCACGGGACAGGACAGGGGACAAGUCCGUGGUGGUCUCCAUGGUUUCAAUGGGAUGCUGGUCUCUCUGCUCAUUGGACACUUCAGUGCUGAAGAGGAGUGGUACUGGCUCCUACUGCUGCCUGUGUGUGUGUGCUCAGCAACCAGUGAGCUGCUGGCCUCCAGCUUGUCCUCGGUCCUGGAUCGCUGGGACCUCCCGGUGUCGGUCUUUCCCUUCAACAUGAUCAUCCUCCUGUUCCUGCUCUGCACCGGUCCUCAGCACCUGUACUUCCCCCGAGUCUCGGUCCUCCCCCCAGGGCUCCUCCCCCCAGGACUCCUCCCCCCAGGGCUCCUCCCCCCAGGAGCAGCUGAGGCCAACAUCACAGAGCUGAGCAUCAUACAGGUGCUGCGGGGCGUCCCAGUGGGAGUGGGACAGAUCUACGCCUGCUCCUCCCUAGGCCCUUCCCUCCUCAUGUUGGGGGCCGUGCUCCUCUACUCUCCUCUACUGGCCGCACACGCCCUGCUGGGCUCUGCCAUCGGGACGCUGGCCGGCCUGUCCAUGGCAGUACGUCCCUCCUGUCUGUACUCGGGGCUCUCUGGGUUUAACGGGGCCCUGGGCUGCAUGGCUGUGGGGGGCCUCUUCUUCACUUUCAGCUGGAGGACACACCUGUUCUCCAUUGCCAGUGCCUUCUUCUCCGCCUACAUGGACAUCGCCCUCAGCAACCUUCUGGGGACAAUGGGGCUCCCAGCAUGCAGUUGGGCGGCGACCAUCGUAACCACCCUGAUGAUGCUGAUGACCGGGACUUUAAACACAUACCGCAUUCCUAUUGGCCAGGUCGGCAGUCCCGAGCUCAACCUCCGCUCUCACAGCCAAUGGGAGGCCAGCAAACCUGAGCCUGACCUCCGCUCUCACAGCCAAUGGGAGGCCAGCAUUCCCACAGACAGAGAGAGUACUGAUGUGUAG